AUCUUAAAACACACCAUAUUUUCAAUAUGUUGCGUAGAAAGAGAAAGACAACAGUUUCCCAUUCCUUGGAAGCACGCGUCACACAAGGAAAAAUCCCUGCAGAGGCAAAUAUUCCAUUAGGUAGCAAAAAGAGAGACAAAAACGCGGAUGAAACACAUUUGGAGAAACUUGUCCUCGGUGGAGAUGCAGAUGUGAUACAAACUUUGCAAGAAAUUUCGAGACAGGCAGAAUAUGAAACACAAGCUAAAAAGAAAAAAAUUCCCCCAAAGCAAAAGAAGGCCCCUGUAUGGCAGGAUGAAGAUGAUAAGGGAAGUAUACAGAUAACAAGAGAAAGAAGAUAUGAUUCAAUAAGAAGAGGAGAUGAAAGAAAAAUAAAAACAGACCAAUACACCUCUCAACUAAAGGCGGAAUUUGAGAAAGUCUCCUCUGUUCCUAACUGGGCCAAGUUACAAUCUGAGAGAACUCAUGAAUCUGAUGAUGACAGUGAUGUAGAUGAUUUACUUCAGAAGACUGGAAAUUAUUUAAUAACUUCCUCCUCAUUACCUAAAGGAUUAAUCGACCUUAAACAAUGUACUGAUGCCAACAAGGAACAACCUUCAGAGGGCAAGUUGACAUCAGUAGAGUUUCACCCAACAGCUCAGGUUAUUCUAACUGCAGGGAUGAACUACACUUUGAGCCUAUUUCAGGUGGAUGGUAAACAUAAUCCAAAGAUCCAAAGUGUGUUUAUUGAUGGUUUUCCAAUCCACACAGCACAUUUCAGCACAGAUGGUCAUGAAGUUAUAAUGGGGUCUAGAUACAAAAACUUUAAAUAUUACGAUAUGAUGGCUGGAAAAAUUAUCAAUGUUCCCAAAAUAAAAGGGUUAGAGGAGAAAAUGAUGAAGAAAUUUAGAGUAUCACCAGAUGGAAGAUUUUUAGUGUUUCUUGGGAAAACUGGAGGAAUGCAUCUUCUGUCAGCAAAAUCCAAAGAAUGGAUUCAUACACUGCAGAUGAAUGGUGAAGUAAAAGAUGUGGCAUUUUCCAAGGAUGGGCACCUGAUGUAUUCACAUGGAGUUGAAGGUGAUGUUUAUGUUUGGGAUCUUGAUAGGCGGGACUGUAUACAUCGUUUCUAUGACGAUGGGUGUACACAGGGAACAUCCAUUGCUCUAUCUCCAAAUGGGCAGUACCUGGCUUGUGGGUCAUACAGUGGUGUUGUCAAUAUCUACGACUCACAGACCAUACUGAGUUCAAGGUCACCUAAACCGGUCAAGGCCAUCAUGAACCUCACUACGCCAUGUACAAAAGCAGUGUUCAACUCGACGUCAGAAAUCUUAGCUGUGUCAUCUAAUUAUGCAGAAAAAGCAGUUAAACUUGUCCAUGUUCCCUCCAUGACAGUUUUUUCAAACUUCCCAGAAAGAAAAGUGGAUAAUUUACGGAUACCUACAUGUAUGGACUUUUCCCUGAACAGUGGUUAUUUUUCUAUAGGAACACACAGAGGCUGUGCUCUCUUAUACAGAGUCAAGCACUAUGGAAAUUACUGAUACAAAGUUGGCUCAAAGGGAUUCAGGAACAUUUCUACAGCAUUCAAUUUAACCCCAAAUGCAAUAUAUUGGGGGUUUUCAGCAAGUGGACGAUUACAGUGUAUAGUAAUUUCAGUUUAUUCAACUCUAUGAAUGGUGACUUUUUACAUUGUAAAUGACAUGUGAUUUGUGAUUGCUGUUGUACUCGUACAUCACCAAUCUACUAACAUUCAGAUUUUUAUGAAAAUAUGGAAUACGUUGUUAAAGUUUAUAUGGACAAUUUUUACUUUCAAAAUGUUCUAUUGUGAAAGGCAUGCAGUUUAUUUCAGCAUGUCACAUUAUUUGUUAUACACGUGUACAGUACGUGUAUGUUUUGCAAGAACCACUAAAUAUAAAAGAUUCUUAAGGCUUA